AGAGGUGUGGCCCUCCUGGACCCUGACGGGAAAGAUGGAGAGUCCCGCUUGGGUCCUUCUGAUGGUCUCUCCUCUCUUGUCUUUGGUUACUGUGUGCUUGAGCCGCCGGCACCCCCCAAAGGCAGAGAGCAAUUUGAAGGAGCCGCAGUACCUUGCCAAGUGGCAGAAGCUUGUUUCCCGGCAGGCCUUGCUGCUUUUCUGUGUGGCGUGUUAUUUGCUUUUCCGGUCACGUGCGUUACUGUCUCUGCGCAGUCCACUUAGGUCGCUAGGCUAGUAGCCGCAACGCCCAGGCUCCAUCUCCCAGUGUGCCCCGCGGUGGCGCGGGGUGUUAACGGGUGUUGUAGUCCAACUGCCCUUCUGGUUGGUCCAGCAACAUCGACCGGCAGGAUGUCUGAGGUGCGGCUGCCACCGCUACGCGCCUUAGACGACUUUGUUUUGGGGUCAGCGCGUCUAGCGGCUCCAGAUCCUUGUGACCCACAGCGAUGGUGCCACCGCGUCAUCAACAACCUCCUCUACUACCAAACCAACUACCUUCUCUGUUUGGGCUUCAGUUUCGCUCUGGCCGGGUACAUGCGCCCGCUGCACACUCUCCUAAGUGCACUGGUAGUGGCGGUGGCCCUCGGCGUGUUGGUGUGGGCAGCUGAGACGCACGCAGCCAUACGCCGCUGCCGCCGCAGCCACCCCACCUCCUGCCUGGCCACAGUGCUCGCCGUCGGCCUCCUCGUUCUGUGGGUCGUGGGCGGCGCUGGCACCUUCCUGCUCAGCAUCACCGGGCCGGUGCUUUUGAUCCUGGUGCAUGCUUCGCUGCGCCUGCGCAACCUUAAGAACAAGCUUGAGAACAAGAUCGAGAGCAUUGGUCUCAAGCGGACGCCAAUGGGCCUGCUACUAGAAGCUCUGGGACAAGAGCAGGAGGCUGGAUCCUAGAGGCCUGGGAUCUGUACCCAGGACCUGAAGAAUACCCGCCCCCUAGCCCAUACUUGGGACCCAGAGCCCUUUCCCAGCCCUUAAAAUAGAAACCUCACACCCAGCCCCCACUGCCUAAGAACUAGUCUUCCCCAGACCUGCACCUGGGACUCAGCCACCUACAUCCUGCCCCAAACUGGGGCUUGAGAUCAGAGCAUCCACAGCCAAUCUCAAACUGGACCCCAAGACACCCCUCCAACCCAGAUCUGAAACCCACUGGUCUCCUACGCUCAGCCCGAAAGUCCGGGUCUAGGACUGAAUACUGAACCCUGGACCAAAGCUUUUCCAGACCCUUACCCUAGCUUGAAACCUAGAUCAAGGCAUGGCCAAAUCUUGAACCCCAAACCCAAGUGUUCCCAGCCCCCAUCUGGAUGGAGUCAGGUAUCCUGCCUCUGUUGAACCGUUGGCCCACUUGCCUCCCUCCAGCUCUGCUUGGGAUUUUGUCUUUUGCCCCAGUGUUCCAGUAUCAGAAUCAAGGGGUACCAUGGGUGAGGGUAGGCCCCAACUGGGAAUGGGGUGUGUUUACACACACAUCAGUGUUGCUGCAACAAUAAAGGCUGUUGCAUCUCUUAAGUCAA